GUGGGCAUGGUUUUGGCAAUACGCCAAACAUGGAUGAUAAGAACACAGAUGCAUUAUUCUUGUCUCUGACUUGUCUCUGACUUGCACACUUGGAUUCAGGACACUUGGACAGGCAGCGGCCAACAGCUAAACAUGGAUCUGAUCCGGAGAGCCACGGGCCCGUACACAUCCGUUGAAGACUCGGUCUUGAACCUGUGUUUCACGAUCUUCCGCACUAUUGAGAACGUGAAGGUCAGCAGGGAGCGCUGCAACGAAAUCUCAGACAGAGUCAGAUCUCUGGAGAGACUGGUUCUCACCAUCAAACAAAAAGGGGCGGGUGAAAAUUCUGCCAUGGUGACGGCCACUCUGAGGGAGCUCUGCGUCACCCUGGACUCUGUCGCGAACGAAAUGGAGAAACUAUCCAAGACCAGUGCUAUCAAGAACGCCAUGAAGUCCAAAAGCCAAGAAGACAAGUUCUGGAAGAUGAACAGAACUCUCACUGAUGUCCUACAUGUCCUGUCGGGGACUGUAAACAUCGAGCAGGGCAACGCGUUGUACAAAACCCCUGCUCCACCCGCCAACCCUGUGGCCCCAGCUCCCAUGAAUAACCCCAGCCCCACGGCCCCUGUGGCCAUGUAUAACCCCCCAGCUCCCAUAAACAACCCCAGUCCCAUGGCCCCCACAAACAUGUGUUACCCCCCAGCUCCCAUGAAUAACCCCAGCCCCAUGGCCCCUGUGUCCAUGUAUAACCCCCCAGCUCCCAUGAAUAACCCCAGCCCCAUGUAUAACCCCCAGUGACAUGUAUUACUCCAACCCAUUGCCCACGGUGACCAUGUACAACCCCCAGUG